AUUUUAGUAAUGCUCAGUCUGUGUUUAUAGUAUGACCUUUACCUUAUCAGAUAAUGACAGCGCAACCGACGCACGAUACAGUCACUUUGAAGAAUGUCACUGGGGAAAGUGGCUCUAUACUGCUCCUGAAUUCUACGAAGAACCAGAAGAAACCUGUCAUCGAACCUGUUCAGCCUUCAGGUAUUUUGGGAAAAUUGAGGUCCUUCCUGCCAAAAAUAGCUACGGCAAAUCAGGAAUUGAAUAGAAGUGGUGCUGAGAAGCUGGAUGUCGAUGUCACGAAGGUAGAGUCAGAUAUCGACGAGAGCGAUACGAGCACUGAUGAUGCUGACAGUAGCGAAGAACUCGAGAGCAACGAGGAUGAGAAGCCUAAAGUUGAAUUCAACUUAUCGCUAUUUCGUGCUGCUAAAACGGGCGAUGAAAACGACAUAGACCUUAAACCAGAAGUUGAACAAGUGCCGGAAGGAUUUCGAGAGGCUGGCGAUUCCCAAUCUUGCAGUGAUUCCCCCGUUGGAAAGAGGCCCAAGCGGCUAGUAGAAGAACUGUAA